AUGUUACAAUUUUAUGACAGAUGGAUGCUUGGUAUAUUUUUAACUGGUUACAAAAGAGAUUUACAAAUUGAUGAUCUUCCAGAAAUUUCAAAAGAAUAUAAAAGUAAUUAUUUGGGUAAUAAACUAUCAAGCUCAUGGAGGAAUGAAUUGAAACGAGUAGAAAUUAAAAAUUUCAAUGGUUCAACUAAAAAUUCAUUACCAAAUUUAGUGAAAGCACUAACAACACAGCCAGUUGCACUUGCCGCAUACAUAAAGUACUUUUCCUCAGCUAAAAAAAAUUCAAAAAAUAGUACAACUGAAAAUGAUGCUUACAUCAAAUGGAUAGGAAAAAAAUCAUCAGAAUUUUGUCACAAUAUUUAUGAAAAAACUGAUGAACGUAUUAGAUUAACAAAUGAAGCAAUUAGUGGUAUUGAAGUAAUCAAAAUGUAUUGCUGGGAAUAUCUAUUUAGUGAUUCAAUUAAAAAUGCUAGAAAUGUUGAAGUUGAUGCUAUGAAAUCAGCUUAUAUUCUUCGUAUAUUCAUGUCAUCAUUGUUUCACUGUAUGCCAAGACAAAGCUCUAAUAAAUUAACAGCAUCAAAAAUAUUUAUGUUAAUUGCUUACUUUGAAAUGAUUCGUGUACAAAUGUUAUUUUGUUUUUCUAAAGGUAUUUUACUUUUUGGUGAAACAAUAGCAUCAAUAAAACGUAUUCAAAAUUUUAUGUUGUACGAAGAAGUUAAUCCUGAAACUCAAUUACAAAAUUUUAAAAAGGCAUUUGCAAAGUGGCUCGAUAAAGACACAUUGAGUAAUUUAAAUAUGGUAGUAGAACCAGGCCAGUUGGUAGCUGUUAUUGGUCCAGUUGGUUCUGGCAAGUCAAGUUUAUUGAGUGUCAUUCUUAAAGAGCUAAAAGUUUAUCAAGGGAAUGUUGAUAUACAAGGAAAUAUUGCAUAUGCAUGUCAAGAGCCUUGGAUAUUUUAUGGCUCAGUUAAAAACAAUAUUAUCUUUGGUCGAUCACUGGACCAAAAUCGAUAUAAACAAGUUAUAAAAGUGUGCCAAUUGGAACGAGAUUUACAGCUUCUUCCUUACAAUGACAAAACAAUUGUUGGUCAACGUGGAAUAAGUUUGUCUGGGGGACAACGAGCCAGGAUAAAUUUUGCACGUGCUGUUUAUGAUGAUGCUUCAAUUUAUCUAUUUGAUGAUUCAUUGAGUUCAGUUGAUACAAAUGUUGGUAAAAACAUGUUCAACGAGUGUAUUAAAAAAUAUUUAAAAGGAAAAACAAGAAUUCUUGUGACUCAUCAAAUUGAAUAUUUAAAAAAUGUCGACAGAAUUAUUUUUAUAAAAGAUGGAAAAAUUGAAGCUGAUGGAAAUUACGAUGAGUUGAUUGUAAAAUCAAUUAAUUUUAAAAUAUUAUCAGCUUCUCUAUUGUCAUCUAAUAACGAGAUAGAAUCUUCGAUCAAAAAUCAAGAUACAAUAGAACACAAAACUUUUUAUUCUGUUAAUUUAGAACCAACAUUGAAUGAUGAUACAGUACGUGACAAUAAUGAAGAACCUGUUGAAGUUGAAGAAACUCAAAUUAAAGGAAAAAUGGAAACUAAAUUAUUCUUAGCAUACUUUGGUGCUUCUGGUAAUUCUUGUUUGGUGUAUUUUGUAUUUUUGUUGAUUGGUGCUACACAAAUAUUGUCAUCUGGAGGUGAUUGGUUCAUCAUUUAUUUGAUUCAAGAUGAAAAAAUAUAUUCAAAUUCAACCGUGACAAAGUGGUAG